GGGGUGUGCGCCUGUCGACAUUUUUUGAUGUCUUCAGCGGGAGGAAGAGAAAACCUGGCGGGGAGGUGGCAGGGCGGGCCGGGGGAGCGUUGGAGACGGCCGACGGACGAAUCAAUCAACAGCAAACAAUCAGUACGCAAUCCACAGGAAAACACGGCCGACACGACAGAACAAAGGGGACCGGAGGGGGUCCCGGCGGCGCCAGGGCCAUCGACCACAGCCUUUUGUUGAGGAGCUCCGCUCCGGGUUUUAUUUUUUAACACUGUGUUCCAGUUUUCUGAUUUCUGUUGCACUGGUCGGCUUGGGAAUAACACAAUCAUAUAUUUCUAAUGUUUAUCCUUUGUGUUUGUUCAUGGGUCUCGUAUGAGCGCAAUUGUUUUAUCAAAACUGAGGCGGUUAAUGUGUAAAAAAAAAAAGGAAAGAAUAAGAUGAGUUUGUGGGUUUAUGUAUCUAUAUUUACAGCAUAGGGUUGAAUGGGUGUACACGCAUAUGUGCGUGCGUGUGUGUGAGUGUGUGCGUGCGUGUGUGUGAGUGUGUGCGUGCGUGUGCGUGAGGGUGUGCGUGUGCGGGUGUGUGCAUGAGCAUGUCCCCCCGAGGGAGCGAGUCCACGAAACCCAAAUUAACGAUCAUAACCGGUGUUGAAUAGCUGACCAGUAACAGGGCAGUAACAGACCAGUACCCGGCCAGUCACAGACCAGUAACCGGCCAGUUACCGGCCAGUCACAGACCAGUAACCGGACAAUAACAGACCAGUAACCGGCCAGUCACAGACCAGUAACCGGCCAGUCACAGACCAGUAACCGGCCAGUCACAGACCAGUAACCGGCCAGUCACAGACCAGUAACCGGCCAGUCACAGACCAGUAACCGGCCAGUCACAGACCAGUAACCGGCCAGUCACAGACCAGUAACCGGCCUCUAAUCUCGACUGAUCCCCAUUCAUUCAGAUUCAGAGUGAACGGUCGAUUGCAGAGUGGGUGGAUUAAGGUUCUCUCUCGUUUUAGUUGUCAUAUUUCUACUAUGUACUGGUCAAGCGUGUGACUGUAUACUGUUAACAAGAACCAAUAUCCAGGUUCCAGCCUACAAGGGAAAUUUGACACAGAAUUGUCACAAUUUUUUUUGGGGAUGAUCUGAUUUUCUUCUGUUAAAAUGUCUCUCUGUUAGCACUAGCCAUUAGCUUUUGUUAUUUUUUAUCGUCAGAUAGCUCAGUGGUUGAUUGUCUGGUCGACGUGGUUCUACAUAUUGAGCCAAUGCUUUUCACUUUUAUUAUGUGGAGUCCUUUUUCCUAAAGUUCAAACUAAUCGAAAUGUCAUUGGUUCAGAAUGAGUUUUCAUUGUCAUGUAAGAAACAACAGGGCCUUUAUUUUGAAAAGCAACACAAUCAGAACUCUGACAGUGGCCAUUUUGCAUCCGGCGCCCCUCUGUCUGCGGUGGAGCGCGGCGGGGGAACGACUAACCGCCACGCCCGUAUCUGGGGCUUCAUAUCUGUCUGAUUGAUCAACCGUUUGAGAUGAGAGUUGUCACAAGAAUGAUUUAACUGACACGGACCGCACCGACCGAGCCGCCAAGGCCACCGGAUCCAUCGCCACCGCCGCCAGAAUGUAAUCUGAUGAGUGGGUGGAACCUCCUCUGGUUCCCCCGACUAACUUCUAAUCCUUCUUUCAGUGACUGCAUGUUAGAGCUGCAGUUAAAGUUCGGCCUCGUUUGUUUAUGCAGGGACUUUAGCCCCUUACCGCUAGUGUUAGCGUUAGCGAACCCCCCCCCCCCCCACCCCCACCCCCCCUCCGUAGCAUGUCCCUGGAGGAAAGGGUUCCUCCUGACACAUCACAUCGCUCAUCAAGUGAAGGGCUUACAACGAUCAGGCGGCCAGAACCGUGCGUACGUCCAGAUCCACAUUGGCUCAGCACACAGGGUACCUUACUGUUACGCUGACAGGAACACAUGAAUCUCAUUGGCCGUCACCACCAGGAAGUGCUCCUCCUACUGGUGGAUGAGGGUACCGCGGCGACCCGCCCCUACGGCCACUAGCGGCUCCGACAGAUCGUCAUGGAAACUAAAGGGCUUACUUACUUUUUACUGCGGACUCUAGAGGUUCGUCUUGGGGGGAGGAGCUAGAGGCGGGCGAUCAGGACUUUGAGUACUUACAGAUGUCGCCGAUGUUUCCCGCUCUCGUGUUGUUCUGUCGUCCUCUUUGUUCUCCGUCCGUCAGUUCUUGUCGACUCGCGCUGCGUGGAUCCCGCUCCGACCCUUAGAGUCUCCCAGCCGGGCUGACUGAUGUUUGGUCCACGCCACCUCAGCCGCCUGCUGGUAGACGGAUAAUCCCAGACCCCCCAGAGGACCUCCUGGUUACUGAGGCAUUAGGACCAGUGAAGUUCACACCUGAACACCUGACACUAGCAUGAGGAGAAGGUUUAGGAAGGACGCCCUCUGAGGAGAGGGCUAGGGCUGUGUGUGUGUGUGUGUGUGUGUGUGUGUGUGUGUGUGUGUGUGUGUGUGUGUGUGUGUGUGUGUGUGUGUGUGUGUGUGUGGGGGGGGGGGGGUGGGCACGUGCCUCAGCUUUGCAUUCAGCCUACAGGUGUGUCUCGGAGUAUGUGUGUGUGCAGGCCUAUGGAUGAAUUUAAUCUUUAACAGUAAUUCGCUUUUGCGAGAAGUUAUCAUUAGCGUGUGGGUGAGACCCCUUGGCUCGCAGGUCUGCCCACCCCCGGAGAAGACACCGAUUAUUAGUGACCAUAUUAAUCACGCAGCCACGACAGGCUAGGCUAGCCAGGACAGCUACCUCCGCUGGCUUGGCCUAAAAUAAACGUGAUAGAUGGUUGGGUGAGGUUUGCCAGCAAGCUAUUCAUGACCCACACAGGGAGGGUGUGUGUGUGUGUGUGUGUGUGUGUGUGUGUGUGUGUGUGUGUGUGUGUGUGUGUGUGUGCGCGUGCGCGCGUGUGUGUGUGUGUGUGUGUGUGUGUGUGUGUGUGUGUGUGUGUGUGUGUGUGUGUGUGAGACUGGGAAAGAGAGAGAGAGAGAGAGAGAGAGAGAGAGAGAGAGAGAGAGAGAGAGAGAGAGAGAGAGAGAGAGAGAGAGAGAGAGAGUAUAGAACCACAAUCAGGACAAACAGAACUAUAAAAACUAAACUGUAUUUUUUAACUUUAAAAAUCAAUCAUUGCAAUAUUUUUGUGUGCACAUGGAGAGCGUGCUUGUCCGCAAUACGUUUAUGAACCCUUACCCAACCUGUGUCCUAAAUACCAGCUGGUUUGAACCAGUCUGGAUGAGACAUAUAACCCGACUGUUGGGAGUAGACCAGACCAUCAAGAGCCGGACCGUCAGGCCAGCUCUCCAUCCCAGUAAGGGAUUGGAGGUCUCUUGUCGUCGUCCCCCCCCCCCACUCAGUGAACACACACACCUGUACUGCAUGCAGCGCAGUGUGCCCACCACGGGCAGAGUAGGUUCAGCAUGCUGGUGUCCCCCCCAUCCAGUGUCGCUCCAACGUGGCUCAUCGCCCCAGCGCUGCGUCCCAGACCAGCGCUGGGGCUCGCUGGUCCAUGUGAGGCUGACCGGCCCGGCAGCGGGCCUCCACACCCUUCACUGCUCUCUGACGCUCCUCCCCACCUGCUCCCUCCUCCUCCUUCCUCCUCCCCAGCCUGCUCCCUCCUCCUCCUUCCUCCUCCCCAGCCUGCUCCCUCCUCCUCCUUCCUCCUCCCCAGUCUGCUCCCUCCUCCUUCCUCCUCCUCCCCAGCCUGCUCCCUCCUCCUCCUUCCUCCUCCCCAGCCUGCUCCCUCCUCCUCCUUCCUCCUCCCCAGCCUGCUCCCUCCUCCUUCCCCCUCCUCUCCUUCUCCCGCUGAGGGAGGAGACGGCGUCAGGGGUCAGACCUGGCGUCCCGACCGGUAGCCUGCUGGGUGACGUCUCGCAGAGCCCUGCAGAACCGGACCUCCUGUGUCCCGCCUCCUCUCCCCUCCUGUGUGAGCGACAGGUGAAGCCUCUCGCUGGGGAGCCGGUGUGGAACAAGCAGGUUCUCCUCCACCUCCUCCUCCACCCGCCCUCCCCGUGGUUCUGCCCCCCCCCCCACCCCCCGUGGAUCUAUGCAGAAGCCCAUUUCCUGUUUGAGUUGUGGAUCUGUUCCCCAUUGUUCCAGCGGUGGACUCUGCUUCCAGGUUCUCUCGUGUAUCUUCAGUUCAUGUUUCCUUCUUCUUUCUGUGUCUCGUAGUGCAUCUGAAACCAUUGAUGUUACGAGGACAAUGGGGGGGCCCAGCUUUGCACCCUAAUUGAGGAGGGUUGUGGGACUGUGUGUGCGUGCGUGUGUGUGUGUGCGCACGCCUGUGUGUGUGUGUGUGUGUGUGUGUGUGUGUGUGUGUGUGUGUGUGUGUGUGUGUGUGUGUGUGUGUGUGUGUGUGUGUGUGGAAGAGGAAGAUUUAUGAUUAUAAAAACAAGGUUUAAAGGCAUAUAGAAGUAUCAUUGCGAUUAUGAUUAUUAUGAUUACUAUUAUACUACCGGUAUAUUGUAAUAUUAUAGAUGCUUUAGUUCAAGUAACUUCUUUAAUUUUUUUACAACUGACUUUGAUGAAAUGAUUUAUAAAACGAUCUCACUAGUCAUGACCUUUUCGAAAAGUAUGAAAACUACAAAUAAAAUGUGUUCUGAUGAAAAUAAAUACAGACGUAUAAUCUGUUUAUAUUCGG